UAAUUGAACUACUUUAAAAAUUGGGAGGUUGCAUAUAGUCCCUUAAACUUCCUCUAAUUAAAUCGAAUUAUUUUCUAAAUGAGUAAAUUAGUUAACCCACUGGCCUUGCUGAAGGAUUACUUCCAGGCCAACAAGAAGAUACACUACAAGAAAGAAGCCCGUCUCUUAGUAUUAGGCAAGACGAGUAUUUCAGUCGAGAUGAAAACAGCCUGGACCAAGAAAGCCUCAAGUUCCCAAUAUAGUGUAGGCUCCUUAUGGUUCUGUUAUUCCCAAAAGCAGCAAUCAGUGGCUGAAUACCUCCAGUUAUCGGCUAGCGAGGGCUUUGAGAGGGUUUCUCUCCUUGACAGAUUGGAAGUCAUCGACUAUUUUGAUGGUAAACUUGAUGAUGUCAAAUCCAUUGACAAAGCAAUUAUAAGCAGCACCCUCGUCAAGAUCGGUCAGGUCAAUAAAUUCACUGAAAACUGUGCUGAGACUGAAAAACCUCAAGGCAGCAUAGCUGAUAAAAGGCAGAAGAAAGCAGAGUGGAAAUCUGAAGAAGAGAAGAAAAUCUCAAGUAAUCCUGACCACAAAUAUGCUGAGUAUAGCGAAGCCAAGAGAAGAGAGAUCCAAGUUAUGGAAUAUCUUGCUAAACGGGAGAGAAGAGUCCUCCCGAAGAACCAUGGCAUCGAGUUUCCUGAAAUAAGCUUUGCCAAGAUACACCGACUCUGAAGCGAAUUGACCCAUGAAGAGCCAAAAGGAGACGCCUUACUUAAGAAAGUCAAGAAGGAAGGAGUUAAAAAGAUCCUAGAUGUGAAUAUACCCACUCUGAGGAAAAAGAAGAGGGUGUCCUUCCUAGAUGAGAUCCUCAAUUCAAGCGGAUCUAGUGAAAGAAAGCCGAUCAUAGUAGUCCCUCCAAUCUCAGAUCAUAGCAAGUUGUGAUACUCCAAUGCAAUUGACUUUUUCACUAAAGGAAUUUUUAUUGAUGGAAAUGAUGCCAGGAAAGCAAGUGGACAAAAUCAGUACUCGGGCCAUCAAGAAUUUGAGUACAUGGUUGGCACAAAGCUUGCCAAAUUCGACCUCUACGAUUCAAUAUUAGGGUUCAAUAAAUCCCACUGGAGAAGAGUAGUAGCAUACUUCGCACAGGCAGAAGAGUGGGAACUUAAGGACUUCCCUCCCAAGGAAUCACCAGACGACAUUUUCCAAAAAAGUUUAUUCAGAAGCAUAACAUAAGGACCUUCAAACUGAGCCCAGUCUACAGAGACGAAUGGGAGGAUGUCCAUAAAUCAUUCUGGGAUGACAUGAUCGACUUCCUGAACAAAGAGAGGUUCAGAGGAAAUUAGUGCAGGACCUGCGACUAUUUGAACUUUCAAUAAUUAUUUUUAACAAAGGGGUUUUGG